GAACUAAACCCAAUCCCGAGUCUAAUCUAUGUAUUUUGCCAGUCAAGACGAGAGAUUAUUCAAGCGAUGUACCAAAUUUUCUAGGGUUUCUACAGUGAACACUGGAAAAGUGUGAAUUGAACAAAAUUACAGGCAGUAAUGACAGACAGUCAUAAAAGGAUAGCAAUAGAUAAUGGCACAGAUGAUAUAGUUAGUGGCCUGCCAAGAAACUUAAUAGACAACAUUCUAGAGCGCAUGCCUGUUCGAGAUGCAGCAAGGACGAGUAUCUUGUCAAGAAACUGGAGGUAUAUUUGGUCUUCACUCCCACAUCUUGUGCUUGAUAAGCGCUUCUUUGCAGAUAUCAUUCGCAACAACCCACUGUACGCAUAUACGUUUGUGAGCAUAAUCAGUAAUAUACUGUUACUUCACAGUGGCCCCAUUCUGAAAUUUUCUCUCUACAUUCCAAACAUACAUUGUGAUUGGGACCUACAUGUCACUCAGUGGCUAUUGUUCCUUUCACGGAAUGGUAUCAAGGAACUCAUCUUGGAUAAUCGGAAUGUUAAAUCCUAUAAGCUGCCUUCUUAUGUUUUCUCUUGUCCAGAAUUGGCACAUUUGAAGCUCCGUAACUGUGUAUUUAAACCACCAGAGGUGUUUGGUGGGUUUCGUAACCUAAUUAGCCUUCACUUCGAGAAAAUGGCAUUUUCUGCCAAUAUUUUUGGAGCUCUUGUCCCUAGUGUGCCAUUGCUUGAGACGUUGAACUUUUCAGGCUGCACUGGCAUUGAACAUUUUAAUAUCCACUCCCCAAAACUCAAAACCUUCUUUGCCGCUGACAGUCGCGAUGUUAAAUCAAUCUCUUUCCAGAGUACUCCAAACUUGACCAUGAUCUCUAUUGUAUUGGGAAAGAAAGCUGAAAACCCUGGGCAAGGAAGUACAAUCAAUUUGAACAAGUUUCUUGAUAAUUUGCCUAGAAUUUUGAAGAUUUGUUUUGAUGGAUUCUUCCUUAAGCUUUUGGCUGCAGGUCCUGUUCCAUGGGUGCUCUCUAUUCCUUUUAACCAACUGAAGCAUCUUGUGUUUACUAAAAUAAGAUUUGAUAAUCUGGAUCAGAUGUCAUGUGUCCUUUGUUUGCUCAGAAGUUCUCCUAACUUGAAGAAACUCCGGAUGACAGCCUCUGCAGUCAGGGACAAUGCCGUGGAACCGGAUCCAAGUUAUUUGGAAGCACCAGGCUUCAUGUACCAGAUGUUGAACCAACUUCGAACUGUAAAGAUAACUUCCAUCACGGGUUUGAGGGCCGAAUUGCUUUUCAUCAAAUGCAUUCUCACUUGUUCUCCAUUUCUUGAGACGAUGCAUGUUCAAUACCAUCAAAUAGUUGAUGCACAUGAGGGGUUUAGAAUCUCAACAGAGCUGAUGCGAUUUAGACGGGCAUCACCAAGGGCAGAAAUAAUAUAUGUGAAAUCCUAAGUGUGAUUGAAUGCAGGAGGAAAAUGAAAAUGUCUGACCUUUUACCUUUCCCAAAACUCAUAUGCUUGUUAUCUGGUUUGAGGAAGUGGGACUGAAUUGUUAAUUCGUGGACCUCACAAAAAUCAAGUUUACUAUGAAUCUACAUAGUAGGCAUCCACGGUGGGCCUCUUCUUGGGGCUUUGUAUCUGUCUGAUCUCAUACUCAAGAUAUCAAAUGAUUCAAAUUACUUGAGUAGAAACCUUGGAAAUUGGCUUUUAUUUUUUAUUUUUUUAUCGGUCCCUUAAAAAUUGACUUGUAAAGAGAGGUUGUCAAAAACAAUUAUUGACGGGGGAUAAACUUUACUCUGGUAACAAGUAUGAGUAUUUUUGUUAUCAGUCCCUUAGAAAUUGACAUGUAAAGGAAGGAUGUCG